GCCUGUAGUGAGGGUAAAGAAAGGUUGUGUCGUUUCAUAUUGUGUUCGUCGUCGUUGUCGUGUAGUGCAGGACUGUUCGGGAAGGAGAUUCUCAUUUCUUAUGCUACAUUUCUAAUAUAAAAGUAGAAGCAGCCAUGGAUACACCGAGGAAAAACAACGACUGUUACUUCUACUACUAUUCCACGUGUACCAAGGGGGACAACUGCCUGUUCAGGCAUGAAGAGGGAGCACUGGGCUGUGAAGUGGUCUGUGCCUACUGGAAGGAGGGCAAGUGUUUUAAUCAGCACUGCAACUUCAGGCAUAUGGAGCUAAAGAAAAACCGCAAAAGUAUUCCCUGCUACUGGGAAACCCAACCGAGCGGCUGCUGUAAACCACAUUGUCCUUUCUUUCAUCGAAAGAACAAAGCUGUCGCUGACAAACCUAAUGAAGGCCAAAAUGAAGUUAAAGCAGAACCAGCAGCUGUAAGUCCAACGAAGAGACCGAGUCAAGGAAGUGAAUCGAGCUUCGGGAACGCUUCUGUAGUAGACCCUGUUGUAGUAAGCUUCGAAGAAGAAUCAGAUAACGAAAGUGUCCCUCCCACUCCCCAUAAGAUCAAGCCAACACGGGUAAGUGUGAAGACCUUAGAACAAAUAAAGCUUGACAAGAUCCAAGCUGAGUCUGCCGCAUACUACAGCUUGCCGAGUAGCUCAUUUUUGCCGGGAGGCAAAGAUCUCUCGUUUCACGUCAUGUCUUUGGAAGAAAUUCGCAGCAGAAAAAGGAAAGUAGAUGACGGCCCUUUACAACCUGAUUCUACGACCAUGAAGAAGGAAGAGGAUGAAGUAGAAGCAAAAGUUAAGAAUGCCAUUGAAGAACACAGAACAAAGAAACCAAUUCGUUUAAGACGUGGGUUUAAAAUGCCUAGUGAUAGCGAAGAUCACCCUAGGGCUAGGUCUAAGCGUGUAAAAAUGAUGGAUAAUACAAUAGUUAGUUCGACCAAUUCGGAAGCUAGUGUCGUGCCAGAUGAUCCAGUUACUUAUUCUCUUAAUGUAAAAGACGUCCCCAUGAAAACGGAAGACGACCUUUUAAAGGACAUUGAUGCUUUACUUGCUGGAUGAUUUAUUUUUAAAAUACUUGUGUAUAUACCUGAUUUACACAGUGCACGAAAAUAUUUUAUGCUAUAAAUUAAUUACAUUAUAUUAUUUUUAACAAAUUAGUAAAAUACCAAAUAAAUUUGUGGGACCACAAAUUUCUUAUGUAAUUUUAUUUUAUACCAUUUAUUGGUAUUUCAUUGUUCAUGUUGGUGCCUUUAUAAAAUAUAAAGUGUCAUGUAAAUAACGCUUCAUGGAUACUUUAAUAGUGAAUUAAACUUGUUUCAUGUAGAAAAGUUAUAUUUACUCCACUCUGAGUGUAUGUGCAGUAAAAAAAAACUAUAUUUGGAGUAAUUUUUGUGCAUUGAAUAAACCCGUUUUUACUGCAAAUUAAUUUUUAAAUUACAAAAUACAUAAAUAUAUAUAUUUUUAGUUUUAGUUUUUUUUAUUUCACUUGAACACUACAACUACAAGGUAUAAUAUAUUACAGUAAUUAACAUACAGAGUGUAAAGAAGUCAAGCACAGGCUUGAUAAUUCCCAAACGGUUAC